CCCAUCUAGAUAAUGCAGACGAAACAGGGCAUGAACACUGCGGCCAACCAAGUCUUUUGAGCCAAUCAUAGUGAAAUUGGAUGAGAAAGCCAAAUUACAUGACGGACUGGUAUGGAGAGCAUGAACACUGUGAUAGCGCUGCCGUACAACACUCUUGCAAGCAAGAUGUGCCCGACGGAGGUCAUGGCGGUCUCCUUGGCCUCCAUCACCAGGCCCCACAUUCUCAUCAUAGAUCACUCCCUGCAAGACGAAGCCAUGACAUUCCACGUGGAGCCCGAUGACAAUGAGGGAAGUAUGGUCAACAACGAAGAAUACGAGGUGGCUGACGGGAGUUCCCUGGAAGGAGCAGGGACAGGAGCCACUUGGAUGCCCGGAGGUAGCGCGGGGGCAUACAGCCUGAGCUCUGUUCCGGGGAAAGAGAUCAGUGAGGGUAGCGAGAACAGCGAGGACUCUGAGCGAGGAGAUUGUCAGAUCCAGGAUCCCAACAUUCUUGACGAGUCGUUGGAUUACUUUGGCUAUAGAAAUGGUCCAACCUCACGUUGUUUCGCAGAUGGGGCGUCCAUUUGGGUGAGGAAUGGAUGGAGCCAUGAGCCGGAGGGGGCAGGUUGUUUUCCCCGCCGCUGUGAAUGGGAUAAAGACGGAAAUGCAAGGCUGUAUGUGAACAUCAGCGGAGUUGAGAUAGAGUGUAUUGAGAAUCAGUUUGUGGCUCUUCCUUCCAAGGCCGGCUAUAGCAGUGGAAGUUGUUCUCCGGAAGCGGUGUGUGACAGAUUUUCAGGAGUUUGCACAGGGAAAAGUGAUAGUGAAGCAGGCGUCAUUGCUGUUGGACUUGGUGAAGCAGGAGGGGACAUAAACGCAGAUGGAUUUUCAGUGGAAUCGGAAAUUCAGGCACAGAAUUCGAACAGCACAUCACCGCUGGCCAAGUUUUUGCCAACGCAAUCACCACUGGCGAUUCUCAGAAACCCUAAUGUCAGCGACGCUGGUGAAGGCGCUAUCCAGAAACCACCGGACAAGCUGCCGGCUCUGACUGCAUACGCCUCAUUCGUUCCCGCAAGACCCCAAGCAUUGCCCCAACAGGAUGACGCAAUAAUGCGAGGGGUGGCACUUCAUCACGGUUACCUUGCCGGCUGUUAUGUCUGCAUCGAUGUCACGGACGAUCGCCUUUGUCAAGAUCACGAACCCAGCUGUAUCACCUCCCCUGAGGGCAUUUUCGAAUUCCCUCUCAAGGUCCUGAAAAGUGGAACUGUUGUGCUUCAAGCGGCACUCAGCAACGGCAGCUGCGUCGACAGCUUCUUGAAUGCGAAAGCACUCUAUCUUAUGAUGGCGCCACCGCGCUCGCAAGUCGUUUCACCUGUCACGACACUUAUUCAAAGCUUCAUGGACAUGUCAGAUAUGACCAUUGAGGAGUCCAUCCGGCAUGUGAGAGACGCCUUCAGCAUGAAGCCCCUAAUUGACUUGUUCACGGUGGACCCUAUCGCAGCGACAAUUUCUCAAAACCUGGAAGCGAAGCCUACUCUUGUCACAGGACUGGUAAUUGCGAACACAGUUGUCCAGAUCAGCACGGCUAUUCAUGCUAUUUCAGGGACUCAGGCAGACUUUGAGGAGGUAUCGGAGCUGGUUCUUGCAGCUAUGGUGCAAAUAAUCUUACAAACUGAGCGCAUGCCCAGCAUAAAGGGGCCGGAAAGACAUCCAAUGCGUAAUGUUGAUUUCUCUCGGCCUGACAUACUCUGUUUGCUCAUCGACAACGCUUGCACAAUAAUCUGGGCUAUCAAGGGACUGGAACAAGAUCAAGCCAACAUGAAUGAGGACGUUCGCAAUGCCAUUGCCGAUUACACUCGGCGAUUCAACCAUGCAAUCUAUCGUACAGCGGACGCCUUCCAGCCAAAAGGGAUGGAAGCUGCAGUUGCGAUGAUGGAAUCCCUCCUCAAAUCAUCUCAAGCAGCGAGAUCCGAUGCAGCGCUUUCCAGAAUCAGGAGAGUAGUCUUAGGGGAGAUGCAUCUGGACCGAUUCAGGUCUGAAACAACCACAGAAGAGGUUGUUGCACUGAUCAAGGAGCAGCAAGUUCAUGCUAUCUAUGCUGUGAGUCGUGAUGGCAACGAUAAUGGCACGAGAAGGACGGACGUUGUAGCCCAGAAGCAACACCAGGAUCAGGAGGAGGAGGAGGAGCAUCAGGAGGAGGAGGUGGUCACUGGGUUCAGCACUGGCAAUUUGCCAGUUAGACUUGUUUCCCCAUUGGCAUCAUCUUCCGAAGAGGUGUCGCUGCUCCCAGCCCUGUCGUCGGAACUCGGCGGCAUUCCAGAUUCUUCAUCGCUGAGAAGGUCAUCGUCAGCCAGUCAUAAAUCUCCAGCACCACCUUCUCCCUUGUCCUCCCCCUUUCUCCCCACCUCUGUCGCUGUCCAAACCACUCCAACGGGAAGCCAGCCGCAGCAGGAGAAAGCUCGGGGCAGAAACUCUAUAUGGAACAAAGUCAUGGUCAGGAAACACCCAUCCGUGGUGGGAGUAGCCGCUUCUGCUGUUCCGGCAGCUGCUGAUGCUCCUGGUCCUCCUCCACCACCUCCUCCUCCUCCUCCUCCUCCUCCUCCUCCUCCUCCUCAUCCACUGAGGGCUUCUCCUACCAUCCAGGACAUAUACUACACCAUCCGCUCGCCUCCACUUGGAAUUCCUGAUAAUGAUCCUGGAGUGGGCACAGGGUUUGGCCAUGAGAAUGUCACAAACUCUUAUGCUUCCAAUAAGGAGACGGCAACUCGAACUGCGUCCGGGGAACCCGCAUCCUUUAUCACAGCGGGCGCGAAUGACUCAGCAAAUACCAAGCUUUAUGUUUUUGAGCAGCGAAACAUGCUACCUAGCUCUAAGGCUGUCCCCAAACGGGGCGUAUUGUUCUGGAUGGCAACGGUUGGAGCGUGCGUGGCAGGGGUAACCUUCACCAUAGCGUUCAUUAUUCGUAAGCUUGUCCCAUUCCUGAAUACGCAUGGAUGCUUUGAUUUUGGAGGAGGUAGACAUUUCUAUUAUUAUCCAUACAUCACACCUCUCGGAGAGGAUAGACUGCCCGAUUUGAGUUUGCCCCCGCAGGGUGCCGCUGCAGAAGUCAAUCGCAUUGACCCUAUGGGGGCGCACGGAAUUAGUACACUGUCAACGCGAUCGGAGCACGCAGGAAGAGAUCCUCCCUACUCCGUCUCUUUGAACCCAUUGUAUACGACCCCGUUAGAUGCGAAUGCCAAACGAAAGUCAUCGGCUCACUCUCACGCUUAACUUCUGCUACUACUACUACUACUAGUACUACUGCUACGACUACUAUAAUUUGGUGGAGGAGGCAUUGACAGAAUGUCUCUGCAGAGUCUGUCUGCACUCUCCCUCAUCUCCAGAAAUGACUAAAUAUGUUUUCACCUGAGCACAGAGACGGCUGAAUAUGCGAUGCAUAUGGGCAUGUUGUCAUCGAGUCCAGUUAUUUGUGUGCAUGAAUAUAUCGACGCAUGUCCUCCAUUAACCCUUGUCCUGGCUCAAUGAUGAAACUUUGAAACAGUCUCUCUGUUUGGAUUGGCCAGUGCUUAGAAUAGUGGCCUUAAGCCGCAAUGCCAGCGAAAAGAAGGCCAGCGCCUGUUCGCUUUUGUUUUUUUUUGGCGCACAGGCUGCUUCCAGGCUUGGGAAGGGAAGUGUCAAAAGUACUGGUGGUUUAAGGUUAGCCUUCCCGAGCCCCAGCAAAUCACUGGGCUGGCCUUGGGUUUUAGGUGCUGGAUGGGAUUUGAUAGGCAGUAGAGUAGCAUUGGGGCUGGGAACUUCUUCACUGAGCUUGAGUUUGUCGGCAUUGUCAUCCAAAGCAGGAAUGAAGUGAGUGGAAAAAC